UCUGAGUUGAGGAAAGGGGCUAUGGUAGUCUGAGGACCCCCUAGAGUCAGGGAGAUUGGGAGCCUGAUAAAGGUCCUGCUGGUGGUACAGGACCUCCCAACCGAGCCCUCCAGCAAGGAGUCAGAGUGCCCCUCCGGCCCCGCCAUGAGGCUCUUCCUGUCGCUCCCGGUCCUGGUGGUGGUUCUGUCGAUGGUCUUGGAAGGCCCAGCCCCAGCCCAGGGGGCCCCAGAUGUCUCCAGCGCCUUGGAUAAGCUGAAGGAGUUUGGAAACACCCUGGAGGACAAGGCUCGGGAAGUCAUCAACCGCAUCAAACAGAGUGAAUUUCCUGCCAAGACACGGGAUUGGUUUUCAGAGACAUUUCGGAAAGUGAAGGAGAAACUCAAGAUUAACUCAUGAGCACCUGAAGGGUGACAUCCCAGGAGGGGUCUCUGAAAUUUCCCACACCCCAGCACCUGUGCUGAGGACGGCCUCCGUGUGGCGCCAGGUGCCACCAAUAAAAAGCCUACAGAAAAUU